CGAUGAGGUCCGGAUGUUGUUGGUGCGGCACCGUGACCUCACGUGACCCGGGCCUAGCCGGGCGAUGGGCGGCGGCCGCAGGUAGCAGACAGAUACGAUGGCGAUGUUUCGGACUGGGAUUCUUGUUUUAACAUCUCCACUUCCCCUUAUUCCAUCACGUAUUGCUCCAGUCCUGGCAGCAGCUGCUAAAAUUGUGGAACAUAUUUUAUAUGUUCACUUACACCCUGGUUUGGGACUUGCAGGAAAUCACAUUCAACUUGCUCCAGCUUACAUUCCAGCAAAUCGGGAGGUGUCCCAAAUACUGACACAUCUAUAUGCAAAAAGUUCAAAUGUUUGCGGUUACCUUGAUGUCAGGGUCGUUCUUUCAAAUAUUAAAAAUCAUUGCACAACUCAACGACCAUUUUCAUCAGUCCAAACGCUUUCAGAACCACCGGAGGUAGUCCUAACAGACUACAGUGUCGUAGACUUAAAUCAAUCCAAUUUAGUUAUGCAAUGUUUGGAAAAAUAUAUCCUGAGCUGCUACACUUGCAAACCCAACUUGAGGGGCAUGUUUUUACCAUGUGGGGUUGAUGAUGCAGAAAAUCUCUGCCCUGAUAUGGAGGAUUCCAGUCUGCGUGAAAGUAUUCCAAACUACAGUGAUGUUGUAUUAGGGGGCACCUUCGACCGACUCCAUUGUGCUCACAAGAUCCUUCUCAGUAUGUCAUGCCUUCUUACAAGAAAACGUUUAUUAAUCGGAGUGUCUGAUGGCGAAUUACUAAAUAAUAAAGUACUGAAGGAGUUGAUUGAACCGUACCAAGAUCGUGUGAAGAAGGUUAGGGAGUUCCUUUUGGAUGUGAAUCCUGCUGUACAAUACGAGCUUGUUUCUCUGAGAGAACGCUAUGGACCAUCUAUUACUGACUCGAAACUGAAGUGUAUUGUUGUUAGUGAUGAAACCCAAAAGGGUGGAGAAGCAGUGAACCGGAAGCGACAAGAAAAUGAUCUACAAGAGUUGGUAUUGCAUAAGAUCAGUCUGAUUAAAGAUGUCCAUCACACACACAAUGAGGAAGAAAAAAUCAGUUCAUCCACACUCAGAAAGCGACUGUUAGGAUCUUUGCUUAUACCUCCCAAAGAUUAUCCCAGAAUGCCAUCAAUUCCCUAUGUGAUUGGACUGACUGGGUGCAUGGGGAGUGGAAAGACAUCGGUUGUGCAGCACCUCCAGAGGAUGGGAGCAACUACCAUCAAUGCUGAUGCCGUGUGUCAUGAGUCAUACAAACCAGGCAAACCUGCUCAUCAGAAGAUUAUCCAGGAAUUUGGGCAAGACAUUCUAUUGAAAGAUGGAACAAUCAAUCGAGCUGCUUUGGAAAAGAUAGUCUUUGGAGAUGUUGAGAAACUAAAACGUUUAACAAGCAUUGUGUGGCCAGAGACUGCAAUUCUCAUAAAGCAGAUGAUCAGCAAGGCUGGUGCAGAGGGUAAAUCUGUAUGUGUGUUAGAUGCUGCACUCUUGCUGGAAGCUGGCUGGAUGGAUAUGGUUCAUGAGGUUUGGGUCAUUAUUGUUCCAGAGGAUGAGGCACUCAAGAGAAUUAUGGAAAGAGACAACAUUAAUGAAGAAGAUGCAAAGAAGCGGCUUGCAAACCAAUGGACCAGUGCCCAGCGGGUACACCAUGCCAAUGUUGUGCUUUGUACCCAGUGGGAGCCACAGUUCACAGAGGAGCAGAUCCAGAAGGCAUGGCAGCUCCUUCAGAAGCGUAGACCUACUUGUUGAUAUCUUCCAAAUCCACAGUCUCUUUUGCUCUUUUUUUAAUUGGAAGAAGGUUUUUCAGUAAUUCACAGAAGAUUGUCUAUUAGACUGUACAUCCUGAUAUUAAAUGCAUUGUUCAAACCA